GCGCUAUAUUAUUUACUUACCUGUGUGCUUCCGCGUCGAGCGAUUGGGCGUUUCGCUUAUCAUUUCAAAACAUUUUAUGUUAUCAGUGUGGUGACGAGGCAUAAUGUUUUAAUUUUUAAACUGAUAUUAUGCAUUUUAAAUAUAACUAAGUUGUUUCGCUUUACCGGUAAUCAUGUCGAAAAUGAUUAAAUUUAAAGGCGUAUUGGACGGAUUUCGAUCUGCACCGCCGACCAAACCCGAGGAAGAAGUGAUAGAAACACUGAAACCGGAUAAUUUUCAAAUCGCCAAGACAUUUUUGCACGGGUUCCCACAUCAACCUUCGGCAGUUGCUUUUGAUCCAAUACAACGUCUUUUAGCCAUUGGAACGAAAAAUGGAUCUCUUAGAAUUUUGGGUCGUCCUGGAGUCGAUUCACAAGUCAGACAUGAAACAGAAGUGGCUGUGCUCCAAAUCGACUUCCUUCUCAACGAAGGAGCUCUAAUCACUGCUACAUCAGACGAUAGCCUGCAUUUAUGGAAUUUCAGACAGAAACGACCCGAAAUUGUGCACAGUUUGAAGUUUCAAAAAGAAAGGAUAACUUGUAUGUUUUUACCUGUGAAAAGCAAAUGGUUGUAUGUGGGAUCAGAACGAGGCAAUAUUCAUGUAGUGAACGUGGAAUCUUUCGCUCUAUCUGGUUACGUGAUCAACUGGAAUAAAGCAAUCGACGUAAUAAAUACUAAACAUCCUGGCCCUGUUGUACACCUCAGCGACUGUCCGAACGACGAAAACAAGUUACUGAUCGGUUAUGAAACUGGCCAAGUUGUGUUAUGGAAUUUAAGAACAAAAAAGGCUGAAUUAAGGUGGCAGAGUACCGAAGCCCUUAAGUCAAUUACGUGGCAUUACGAAGGCAAACAAUUCAUGUGUGCUCAUGUCGACGGUACGCUUACCACGUGGAAUCUGCGGCCGCAAGAUAAACCAUCUAGUGUUAUUGCUCCUCAUUCUAAAAUCAACAAAGAUGGUAAAGUGGAUCCAGCAUGCAAACCUAUUCAAAAAGUUGAAUGGAAGACGUCAAAGACUGGGGACGCUUUCAUCAUAUUCUCAGGCGGAACUACAUACGAUACAGCCAGCCGAAUGCCUAGUUUAACCGUUAUGCAUGGUAAAUCGACUACAGUGUUAGAGAUGGAGCAUAAUAUCGUGGAUUUUAUUACGCUUUGCGAAAGCCCAUAUGUUACUGAUAUACAAGAACCUUACGCCAUUGUAAUUCUACUACAGUACGAUUUGGUUCUGAUUGACGUACAAACCUUGGGCUUUCCUUCGUUCGAGAAUCCGUACCCGAUGGAUAUACACGAAUCUCCGGUCACCUGUUGUUCGUAUUUUGCUGACUGCCCUUCGGAUAUUAUUCCGGCGUUUUAUUCGGUUGGUAGAGCUACUCAGAAGAGAUCCGGAUUCAGCGAUAAAGAUUGGCCUAUUGCUGGUGGUGAAUGGUCUCCUACGUCGUGCAGUUACAACGAAAUCAUCAUCACUGGACACGCCGAUGGUAGCAUUAAAUUCUGGGACGCGAGUGCCGGAACAUUACAAGUGCUGUAUAAAUUAAAGACUGCCAAAAUAUUCGAAAAGCCGCAAUCGCGUAGUAUCGAUGGCAACGAAGUAGAUCCUUUUUCUAUUCAAUUAAUUUCUCUAUGCCCGGAAAGCCGGAAAUUAGCCAUCGCUGGUGCCUCAUCAUAUGUAAUAUUGUUCAAAUUUAGAAAAUUGGAGUCUACCUCCGAAGUAUCAGUUUUAGAAAUACCCACGCUUUCAUGUACCGAUGUCGAACCCGAUUGCUCGCCCGAUUUCGAUUUCCCUCCCAGAGGAAGUAUAACGAAGAACGAAUCUGAAAGUUCCGAGAAAAAGGUUAUCGAAUCGACGUUUCCAGUAAAAGUGAAAUCAGCCCCUCAGAAAAAGCCUCCCGGAUUCCAAGCCCAUUUAGUAUGCUUAACUGCCUUCGCUCCUACCGAGCCAGUUUUUCAGAUGACCUCGUUAGCUUUAAAUUCAUCAUACGGAUUACUCGCUUAUGGCAGCGAAAACGGCGUCGUAUUGGUGGAUUUUGUACAAAAAUGCUGCCUGUUAAAUAUCGCUUCUUCCGACCUGUACGGUAAUUCGGAUCCAUUCCAACGUGCUCCCAGAUCUCCGAAACGAAACCCAGCCAGCGCCGAAGCCAGCGACGGCGAAAGGUGUAGGUCGCCUAGUAUAGAUCAGUGUUUAGAUGACAACGACGACGAUGAGUUAGAAGACGUAUCUAAAAUAACGCCGACUCCAACUCCUAUGGGUGCCGACUCGUCCGAAAUAUCGUCGACUCCGAUCGAAGAAACCCUUGUAGAGACUGAAUCGGUGGAACCUGCUCAGGAUGCGCUUACGUUAUUGAACUCGUGCGCUGUCGCUGCCACCAGCGUUGCUUCGUCUAUAGCCGGAGACGACGAACAAACAUCCGAAAUGAGCAAAUGUGAGAACUCGAAGACUACAGGCAACGAAAGACGUACCAGUCAUUCGUGGAAAGGAUUCAAAUUCAAGAAACAGUUGAGCAAGGUUGAUUUGAAGAUAAAAAAUACCUUCUCGACGGCCGACAAGUCGUCCAAAAAGAAUUCCAGUUCGGUUUUCCACGUGAAUGCGAACGCUGCUGCGACGAAUCAGCAGCAGCAGCCGGUACUGGAUGUGCCUUCGGAGCAGUCGCCCGAAGACGAGAGUCUGGUUAGCGACGAUGGUCACUUGCCCGAAAUCAGGGAGCCGUCGGCUUCGGAGAGUAAACUAAACGAACAAUGUGAUAUGCCAAAUCGGCCUACAGACUUAAACUUAUUCGAAACCGACGACAAACCGAACAGACCAGAGAGAAGAAGAGAUCGUAAGAGAUUUUCGCUCGAGAAACAAAUCCCUCGUGAUACCAGACUGCUUUCGGUGCCGAAUAUCAAAUAUCAACAUGUCGGAAAAGAUACGAAGAAAUCGAAAUCGUCUAAUAAUCCGGCUUUCUUAGGCUUGAUUCGGCGUCUCAAUAAAUUGGACAGCUCGUUUUCGAGAUCGAGAAGUUCCAGUAUGUCGAGUUUAGAAAAUAUUUCCUCAGAAUCUAUAAGGUGUUUAGCAUUUUCCGAUUCUUAUAUUAAGAAAUCAGAUGCGAUGACAGUUCCCACAUUAUGGAUAGGUACCAGUCUGGGUUCGGUGUUUUAUUUCACAGCCAAUAUACCUUCGGCGGGAGAAACCAGAUCAUCUCAACCUAUUGCUUUAUCGACUGUUGGUUCGCUACCGCGUUUGAAAAGUGGCAUUUUGACGAUAUCGUUUUUAGAUUGUAAUGGAUCGUUACUUCGAUACUCCUACGAACAAUGGAAAGACGAGAGUAAAGAAAAAAAAACGCCAACAAAAAAUAAUCCAACGAGUACGACGCUUAGCGGUAGCAUAGAAAGUGUCAGCUGCGGAGGAUCAGCUCCCUGUGAUAAACAGUUCGUGGUUGUAGUAUCGGAAAAACAAGCCAGAGUCUCAGCGCUUCCUUCUCACGAAUGCGUAUACAAGCAACAAUUAGCGGAUACGGAUUUCGUUGUUAAAGCCGAAGUUAUAUUAUUAAAAGAUAGCGUGUGCUUACUUUGUUAUAUAUCCAAUAGUCACAUUGUAGCUUAUGGGUUACCAAGUUUAAAACCAUUAAUUGAUGUCGACUUUUUACCACUGUCAGAUUUAAGUUUUCAGACACGGAAACAGGGAAUCGUAGAUCCGAUGCUAUCUAUUUGGGGGCAGCAGAUGUUUGUGAACGAAGACACAAACCAGAUCGCUAAGACGUUCUGCUUUAGCAACCGAGGCCACGGGUUGUAUUUUUCGUCUCCCAGCGAAGUUCAGAAGUUCACCGUGAGCUCAGAUUUCUGUCGAGACAUGUCGGAAUUAGUGGGCGAGCUGUUUUUACCGCGGGAUAUGCCAGAACCGCCGAAACAAAGUUUGUUCAAAAGUUUACUCGGUGGCGGUGCCAGAUCGGUGGAUCGAGAGGAACUUUUCGGCGAAUCGAGCGGUAAACCGAUCCGCAGCAUAGCUAAACACAUCCCCGGUCCAUCCGGUCAACUCGAACAACUCAACCAACGAGUACAACACUCGACCGGCGAAGUUGGCCGAGCACAUCGUCUAAUGGUCGAACGAGGUGACAAGCUCGGCCAACUCGAAGAGAAUACUCAACGUAUGAUGAACGAUGCUGAAAAAUUCGCUUCAUCGGCUCACGAACUCAUGCAGAAAUCCAAAGACAAGAAAUGGUACCAGUUGUAAAACACCCUCGAUGUCUUUGUUGAAUACCUCCGCCAUAUUUUUAUAUGUACAUAAAAGCAUUUCUUUUUCUAUUCGAAAAAAAAAAAUAUGAUUCGUAGAGAGAACUUGUACUGGUAGUAUUUUUGUGCUAAUCAAAUCAAAAUAACAUCAAAAAAUGGUUACAAUCAACAUCCUAUCCUUCCAUUUAUAUUGUAUAGUGAAACCAGACCAAGUACUUAGCGACUGGAUUACUAGUUACCCGAGCAACGUUACAAGUUGAUUUAUCAAGUUGAAAGUUUUAUUGUUUUAAUAUUAUAUGUUUAUCGAUUUGGAUCCUACCUUGUAUGUACAUGUAAACAAGCCAUAUUCUCUCGUACGUUUUGCAGGAGCUUUUAUAUCAUAUCAAUGAAACUUGUAACGAUUAGCUUUUUCUUCUUAUAUAAUAUGUAUUUCUCUGUUUCUCUCGCGAGAUUUAGUGAUCGUGUAUUUUUUUGAUUCGUUUUGUUAUUUACAUUUUAGAGGUGAAAAAAGUACCUAUACAUAUAAUAUGUUAGUGAACUUCCAGAACGUAACCAUUUGGACGUAUCUUAAGUUACCUUUUAUUGUACCACAUUAUAGUUUAAUUUGCUAUUUGAAAAAAUCUCAUUUUAAUAUCGAUUUUUAUUAUGUAAAUAGUAUAUUUUUUUUCAUAGUUAACAGAGAGAAUGUAAAUAAGUAGGUAUCGCUUGUACGUGUGUUUUGAAAAAAUAGGUAAAAAGUUUGUGCCAUGGGUUUUAAAUUUAAUAGAACUAUUGCGAGCGCAUUUUUUUUUUUUUUGUAAACUCUUCGCGAUAGAUUUUAAGAAUUCUCUCUUUUUUUUCAAUUAAGUUACCUAUUGUUACGUAUGUACUUCGUUGUUGUAAUUUGUUGAUACAAAAAAAAUUUUUGAAAAAAAAACAUUUGUGAAUGUGAUACCUAUAAACGAUUGUUUUUUUUUGCACAAAAAAGUGUACUUAAUUUAUAUAUAUAUUAUAUACAUACAUCGUGUUUGUUGUUAUUUAAAAAAUGUAAAAUACAUAUACCUUUACCUACCCAUAACAAGGUAACAAUAUCGAAAACUGUAGCGAGCGUAGCGAAGAUAGAGAAAAAUGUACCUACUAUUUUGUUUUUCUUUUGUAUUAAGCUUGUUUUUAUUAUUUUGUUAGAAAAAAAAGAAAGAAAAGUGUUGACGCGUAUGCGUCGUGAAUAUUAAAAACGACUGGUAUAUAUUUUUUAUUAUUAUUUUUAUGUCGUUAAAGUGAAGAUUUUAAAAAAAGUAAAUAUUUAAAAAAAAAAUCAUCGUAGAAAUGUUGAGCAAAUUGAGAAUCUCUAGAAGCAAGUUUACUAACUUACCUAUUACUACUACUACUACUACUACUCUAUGUAGCGUGUUUUAUAUCUUAUUAUAAUAAUCGAUGUUAUUUUAUACAUAAUGUGUUUAAUUGCAUGAAUACUCGAUUCAAAGGUUUUAAAAAGCCUUAUUUUGUUAACAUUAAUAAUAUUAUUGAUUUAUUUAAUAAUGUUAUACUUUGAUAUUAUAGAAUUUUACAUGUUGUGACGAAAAAUUAUAUGAUUAAAAAUUUUAGAUCAA